AAUUUUAAUUUUUUUUUUUUCAUCGCCGACCAGUCCCAGUUAACGUAGCAUUCCGGGUAUCCACUCCGGACUUAAUUUUUUGUCCUCCUCCGAGACCCCAUUUCUCCUCCCUAGGGCUUCCGAUUUGACGACACCACUAUGGCUAUGCAAACUGGAGUAGGCCUUUCGAAGAUUCUGAUUCUUGUUGGAGCUGGAUACUCUAGUACGAUCCUGCUUAAGAAUGGUAAAUUAUCGGAUGUGUUGGGUGAACUUCAGUCCUUGGUGAAGGGCUUAGAGAAGUCUGGGGAACAAUAUGUGGGUGAUUCUGACUACUCUGAUGCCAUUGCUGCUCAGGUGCGUCGAUUAGCUAUGGAAGUUCGGCAUCUCUCUUCUUCACGACAGAUUACUAUUCUCAAUGGAAACUCUGGAACUGUUGGUAAUAUAUCAUCUUUCAUAAUUCCAGCUGCUACUUUGGGUGCCUUGGGAUAUGGAUACAUGUGGUGGAAGGGGUUUUCAUUCUCAGACCUUAUGUAUGUUACAAAGCGCAAUAUGGCUAAUGCUGUCUCAAACUUAACUAAACAUUUGGAGCACGUAUCAGAGGCCCUUGCUGCAACAAAGAGGCAUUUGACACAGCGGAUUGAGAACUUGGAUGAUAAGAUGUUGAAGCAGAAUGAACUCUCGAAAUUGAUCAAAGAAGAUGUAGCAGAAGUUCAAAAAUCUCUUUCUGGCAUCGACUUUGACUUGGCUCAGUUGCAAAACAUGGUUUCUGGUUUGGAUGGGAAACUAUCUUCUCUUGAAUAUAAGCAGGAACUUGCAAAUGUUGGUGUAUUGUACUUGUGCAACUUUGUUGAUGGAAAGCAAGCGAAAAUGUCUGAAACUGUAAAGGAGCAGCUUAAACUUCCAGGCAGGACUCAGGGUCUGCUGACGCAUCUGGAAACUCCUAAUCUGAAGGGUCUUAAAGAACUUACUGAUACGCUUUCACGAGAUUUUACAGAAGGUCAACCAAGAGCCCUUCUCAGGUCCGCAUCAACUAGAUGUUAAUGGGAAGAGAGAUUGUCUGCUGUGCAUCCUCCUGUGUCGAUUCCACCAUCAUCCACACAUUUGUUCAAGUUGUUUAUCUUACGUAUAUUCCAAGAAGGAGGCGCAAUCUCUUCCUUUUCCUAAAAUUUAUGUUGGCAAUGAGUAAAAUACCAUGCAACGUUAGGACUUUUUGAGGUGUGAUUACUCCUUCACACGAAUAAACUACAGUAUUGAGAAAUUCAAUUCAACUCCAGAUUCUACAGAAUCAAUGAUAUGUAAGGGUCAUGGAACAAAAUUUUGCCCCGUAUAAAUCACUACUAUGUCGCUUCUUGUGGCUGAUUA